UGGGCCGACAGGACGCAGGCUAGGCAGUAGCAGUGCAGUCAAGGGGAAAGAGCAAGUGCAACAUGUUCCCGACAAGCCUUCGUCAAGCAAGUCAGCGCAGUCAACAACAACGGCCAUCAACAAGGAGGCGACACCCGCCACUGAUCCUAGGACAGGUGGCACUCCCAGCAGAACGCGGGGAGUACUGGUUGAGGUGUCGCCUUUGUUCCAAGGUCUUCAAGGGGUCGUCAACGAAGGCGGUUGACCAUUUCUUGAAAGUGCAGAAACCGUGUGCUUUUCGGACGGGGGAGAUUGUGGAUGAGCUUGUUGCUCAGGGAGGCAAGGUUAACCCCAAAGACAAGAACACCCUGUACAUGCUGCAGAACUUCAGAGGACUCUCCAAGGGCGCGGAGGGGGGCGAGGAGGUUGCGGAGAAUGCAUCAGAUGCUGAAGAUCCGUCGUCUUGGCCGGUGCCUCCGCCUGUCCGAGGGCAGUCUGUUCCACAAGUUGCUGCACCGAUCGCAACAACAGAUGACGAAGCUGCAGCAAGGGGCGAUGAUGGCACCGGUGGAGGGGAGGCUUGUGCCAAAGUUGUGGUGGUGAAGACGCAGACCACAAUAAGAAAGUGGAUUGACAACAAUGCACAGAAGAAGUUAGAUAUUGCGUGGGCGGAAGCAAUGUUCAGGGCUGGAAUUGCUUUCAACUUCCUGAACUUCGACACCACGCAGGCUCUUCAUGACGCCUACUUGGAGGUUGCCAGUGGAAAGCCGAAGGUGAAGUUGCCUACCUACAAGCAUAUGCGGACUGUCAUGUUGGACUACAUCUUCCUGAAGGUGCAGAAGUCGAUCAACCCCUUGACUGCUUGUUGGGACAAAACCUGUUGCACAUUCAUCACAAACGGAUCGACAGAUCGCAAGAACUGGCCUGUCAUGAAUUUCCUAGCAGCGGGGGAGAAAGGAGCAGUUUUGGUGACCACGGUUUAUAUGACUGGGAGGAAGAAAAACGCAGCACCAUUGGCAAAGUUGUGGGAGCAGGUGAUGCGGGAGAUCGGGCUGAAACGGAUCAACGCGAUCUGCACAGACAACGCUGAGGUCAACAAGAAGGCAGCGCAGAUCUUGGAGAGGCGGACAGACAGAGACAUUGCAAGGAUACUGUGGGUGCCUUGUGGAGCGCAUUGCUGCAGUUUGUUGUUGAAGGACCUAAGCAGUUUGCCUUGGGUGAAGGACACGGUGAAGACGGCGAACACGAUCGUGAAGUUCAUCAAGAACCACCAUGCCACGCACGGUCUCAUGAUGUCCAUUGAUGACUCCUUGUCAUUGCUGCGCCCGACAGAGGUCCGGUUUGGGUCGGUGUACCAGAUGCUGCACAGGCUGGAGGACAGGGCGGAAGUGUUGAAUGAGAUGGUGGACGGAGGUUCUGCAACAAAGUGGAGGGCAUUGAGAUGGUCGGGAGAGAAGCUGCAGAAAAAAGCCGACCUUGUCUACUACACUGUGAGGUCAGAGAAUUGGUGGGCCAAAGUCAGGAAAAUUGUGGCAAUUAUGGAGCCGGUGUACAGCCUCCUGAAGAGGAUGGACAGGGAAGGAGUUUCUCCCACCAACCUCGUGGAGUUUGACGAUCUCAUUGCAAGGAAGUUGGCAAACAUCGUACUCACGAAGAAGGAGAGGGAGGAUGUAAUGUACAAGGUCAAGGACCGCGUGCAGAUGAUGCGUCAGCCCGUUCAUGCAGCUGCGUUUUUGUUGGAUCCACGUAGGAGAGAUGCAGGCUGGCUCAACGACCUGGACAACGCCCUCGUGCACAACGCAACGCGCUUCUUUUGCAGGCAGAUCGGAGCGGAGUGGGAUUCAAAGCCGCACAUGGACAUGCGGGAUCAUCUCUACGAGUUUUUGAGAGAGCAUGUGGAAGGGGAAGUGAGGACAGAUGAACACAUGUGGACACCAGGUGCCAUCAAGCAAGCAAUGCGACGUACGCCUGCGGACUGGUGGACCUUGCACGGUGGGGAUGUUCCAGCUUUGCAGGAGAUCGCCAUCACCGUGUUGGGAAUGUGGAGCACGGCGACACCUGCGGAGCGAAACUGGGCGUCGAUGGACUUUGUCCAUUCGAAGUGCAGAAACAGCCUCUCGCCGAAGUCCUUGGAGAAGCUGGUUUACAUUCACUGGAACAUGCAGUUGCUGCGUGUUCCAAAUAGCAAGGACAAUGGCUACGUUGAUGUUUGGGGAUCCUUCUUCGAGCCGUUGAUGGAGCCGACAGCGGAAGAUGGAGCAAUCGAGGAGCCCACGGAGGAUGAGCCAGCGGAUAAUAUCGAGGAGGAAAAGAGGCAGAAGAGACUGAAGAAGACUCCCAAAAACCGGAUUCCGAAGCGCCUGCUGAAUGACGACUCAAGUGGGAGUAGCGAUCUUGAGGAUCUGGUGUGGAAGGGGAAGUAUUGGAACAAGUCCACUUCCGAGGAGGGUGACGGUGAGGAUGACAUUAUGGAGGACUCAAAUUUCGAGUUGGGGAGCAAGCCGGCAGUGCCAGCCACUACGUACGUAGGUCGGAGGCUUGGGAGGCGAGAGAAGGAGGCGGAGGUGCUGCCGUCAGAGCCCAUCGACAGACUGGAUACUGAUAUCGAGUUCUUGGCGCACCCUAUGCCUGAUGCAGACGAGGAGGAAGCAGCUCGGGCCAAGGUUAUGGCAGACCGGAAUGCCGCUUUGGUUCGGAGGCGGAUGUGUGAGGAGGAGGCUCGCCGUGCUGCUGUCCCCACCCGGAGGGAGAGAGAGAGACAGAGCAAACAGGUCAGCCAGCAUAAGGAGCAGCAUAGCGAGGAAAAGGAUGAAAGGGUGGACAACAUGGAGGUCGAUGACGCGGCCGUGCGUGCAAAAAAUGAAGGGCGUUUGCAGCAUGCGGGAGUGGAUAUUGAAGCAGUUGGAGAAAAAAAUGUGCAGCAAGAAGAGGAAAAAAGUUCACCGCGAGAGGGAGAUGAUAUGGAGGAUGUGGACAAAACUCAGCAGCAAGGGGGAGAGGAAGUGCAGGAACCAGCACCACCCACGGUUUACACACGAAGACCCCGCCCAUCGGCACCGCACCAGCCUGCACCGCAAGAACCACAGGAGGACCAGCAGGCCGUGGUUGCGGAGCAGCCAGAAACACUCGGAUCAACGGUGCGUGGUCUCCAAGGAGCAGCAGUCCACUCCGGCAGACCCCCUUACCCAGCACAAAAUGAGGAUGCCCAACACGACAACAUAUGGAAAAGCAGGGCGGGGCGAAAGAGAAAGGCUCCGGUGAAUGACGUCCCCCACAAACCACGUCGUCGUCGUGGGAGGCCUUGCAAGGAGAAGACGGGGCACGAAACUGCACCGAAGUCGGAACGUGGUCGUGGCAGGCCCUGCAAACUGCAAGUCUCGGAGGACGACCCCGACUCAGAUGCCCGCGGUUCAGAGUCGCCCGACGACGAGAAUAGCAAAGGGGAUUCCGAAUGAGAGAGAGACUGAGAGAUUGUGUGUGUGUGUGUGUGUGUGUGUGUGUGUG